AUCCCCUCCUAGACCGCACGGAAACACGUUUACGGGAUGAAAAAAAAUAAAAUCCCAAAACCUCGACAAUUAUAUCCCCCUUUCACUGAAAUUUAUUAAUUACGAAGUGGAAGAUGUCCGGAAAAUUCGAUUCGAGUAGUUCAAUCGACUAUUGAAUGUCUGCGUUAUGUCGGAAAUAUAAUUUCCAGAGGAAGGGGCAUCACUGGCAGUAGAGUAAACCACAACUUCGACUUCAUUCUGACUCUUUCAAAUUACUCUACUGUACGAACUGCUAGUGAGUACCUCAUCAAUUCUAUUGUGCGAAAUAAACGAUUACCAUUCGCAAUAUCUGAAGGGUUGAUAGGAAAAUUCAUAGAAAAAUCUCUGAGGUUUUCUUGAGAUUUGGAAAUAAAAUUGUUGGUGAGAUGGAUUUUCGCAGUGAGAUCGGUGCCAGAGAAACCGCCAGAGACACGGUGAGGAUCACCAUCAAUGACGUUGUCUACACCGUUGACGGGGAUAUCCGCCCUGAGACUUCGCUGAAUGUCUUCAUCAGGGAUCAGGCACUCUUGCGAGGGACCAAGUCCAUGUGCCUUGAGGGUGGCUGCGGCGUAUGCGUUGUGGCUGCUGAAAUACGGGGUGAAACUCUAGCUGUUAAUUCGUGUCUCGUGCCUGUUCAAAUUUGCAAUGGUUGGAAAAUCAAGACUAUCGAGGGGAUCGGGAAUAAAAAGGUGGGUUACCAUAGGAUUCAGGCGAUCCUCGCAGAGAUGAACGGCUCUCAAUGCGGUUAUUGUUCUCCCGGAAUGAUAAUGAAUAUGUAUAGUUUGAUACAGGGUAGAGAGAUGUCGAUGAAAGAGAUUGAAAAUUCAUUCGGUAGCAACAUUUGUCGUUGCACCGGUUACCGUCCCAUUCUGGAAGCGUUCAAAGGCCUAGGGAAUGACGCAGAUCCUGCUAUGGUGCAAAAGAUUCACGACAUCGAGGAGUUAUACGAAUUAAAAAAAUGUCCGAAGUCGGGCAAGCCCUGCAAAGGCGACUGCAAGCCCUCGGAGGAACCCGCAAUAUUGGAGGAAGUCCGCAUGGAUUUCGGAGAUGUUAAAUUUCAAAAGGUACUCGACAUUGUCAGUCUAUUCGAAGUAUUCACUGGCAAUCCAAAUGCCAGUUACGUUCUCAAUGGCGGUAACACAGCACACGGUGUCUAUCGACUGGAAAAGCCCCAGCUAUACAUCGACCUCAACGACAUCAGCGAUCUCCGCAGAGUCGAGAAGACAGCGGACAGCCUGAUCCUGGGUGGGAACGUCUCCCUGACGGUCAUCAAGAACAGCUUCAUCAAAUACUCCAGCGACACCGGUUUCAAUCACCUUCGGCAAAUGGCCGAUCAUGUGGACCUGAUCGCGAGUGUACCAAUACGCAAUAUCGGCACAUUGGCGGGGAACCUCAUGAUAAAGCACCAGCACAACGAAUUCCCCUCGGACCUGUUCCUCAUACUGGAGACUGCAGGAGCCAAAAUUCACAUACUGGAAGGUCGAGGACAGGAGAGGGUCUUCAACCUCAUGGAGUUCAUCGAAAUGGACAUGAAUCACAAGAUCAUAUACCGCAUCGUGUUACCAGCGUUGGAGACAGAACACGUCUAUCGAUCCUACAAGAUAGCCCCGAGAGCCCAAAACGCACACGCUUACGUGAAUGCUGGAUUCCUCUUGAAACUUGAUACAUCUGGAACAGUUCAAGAAGUCCCCAAUAUUCUCUUCGGUGGCAUCAGACCCAAUUUUCUUCAUGCUACUGCCACUGAAAAGUACUUAACUGGCAAAUGCCUAUUGGACAAAAAAGUCCUCAAACAGGCCCUGGAAACACUGGCCUCAGAGUUGAAUCCCGAUCACGUCCUGCCGGAUUAUUCUCCAGAGUUCAGGAAAAAUCUAGCCCUGGGAUUGCUCUACAAGUUCGUCCUGAGUAUAAAACCAGAAGUCGUGGACGAGAAGUUACGCAGUGGUGGGACGAUACUGGAGCGUGAUCUCUCGUCUGGGAGGGUUGAUUAUGAAACGGACAAGUCACUCUGGCCGUAUAAUAAACCCCUCCCCAAGACUGAGUCGAUCUAUCAGACGUCUGGCGAGGCAGAGUACGUCAAUGACAUACCACCCCAGCCACGGGAGGUUUCCUGCGCUUUUGUAUACACUAUCUUCUCCAGUGGAAAAAUAACGAAUAUCGAUGCCUCUGAAGCUCUGGCGAUGAAGGGGGUUGUUGCCUUCCUAUCGGCCAAGGAUGUGCCAGGAAAAAAUCUCGCCAUCGAUUCGGCGAAUAAAGACCCCUGGGACCCCCAAGACGAGAAGCUGUUCGCAGAAAAUAUCGUUGAAUUCGCAGGUCAGCCAAUCGGACUGAUUUGCGCUGAGACUCAUGCAAUUGCUGAGGAAGCCUCGACGAAAGUGAAAGUUACUUAUUCUGACAUUGCGAAGAAGAAGCCCAUAAUAACGAAUCAAGACGCAAUCGAUUCUGGGGACAGAGGGAGAAUGAAGGAGGAGGAUAAUACCCCUCCAGAAAGACAAGGCACCAAUCCAGUUGCUGAAGUGAUAAAAGGUACCUUCAAUUGUGGGCCUCAGUAUCACUUCACAAUGGAACCUCAGUCCUGCGUUUGUAUCCCAACUGAGGAUGGAAUGGACGUCUACCCAACGUCUCAAUAUAUAGACCAGGUCCAAGUAUCCAUAGCUUCAUGUCUGGGGAUUCCAAAUAACAGCAUCAACAUUCGAGUCAGAAGACUGGGGGGCUCCUACGGUGCAAAAAUAUCCCGAAACACCUGGGUCAGCUGUGCAUGUGCUCUCGCAGCACACGUGCUCAACCGUCCAGCUCGUUUGGUUAUGACAAUCGAGAGUAACAUGACUAUGAUAGGCAAAAGAUUCGCAGCUAAGCAUGACUACGAGCUGGGUGUCGAUGCUGACGGGGUGAUUCAGUAUUUGAAGCAGGAAAGUUGGCACAAUGUCGGCAGUUCAUUCAACGAUCCCAUCGCAGCACGUAGCAUCAUGCACUCGUAUUCAUGCUAUGACAAUACCACGUGGGCUUCCGUGGGAAAUGAAGUUCACACUGAUGUUCCAUCCAAUACGUACGCGAGAGCACCAGGCUCCACUGAGGGCAUGGCAAUGACAGAGAAUAUGAUGGAGAACAUAGCGCAGGUGCUGGGUAAAGAUCCUGUUGACGUGCGUCUGAAGAACAUGAAUGCAACGGAUAAGGCGCCACUGAGCCAGAUGAUCGACGACAUAAAGCAGACGUCGGACUACACUGCGAGAGUGGAGGCUGUCAGAAUGUUCAAUAAAGAACACAGGUGGAAGAAGAGAGGCAUAAGUUUGAUGCCCAUGAAGUAUCCCAUCGAUCAGGGAGGACAAUGGAGUUCCCUAGUAACGAUUUACCCUAGGGAUGGAACUGUGGCUGUUCUCCAUGGAGGUAUUGAAGUUGGUCAGGGGAUCAACACCAAGGUGGCUCAGGUCGCUGCUUACACCCUGGGAAUCGAUCUUGAUAUGGUCACGGUUAAACCGUCUAAUAAUCUUGCUGCACCAACCAAUGCCACCACUGGGGGAAGCAUCACCACGGAAUCCGCAGUCAAUGCAACGAUCACUGCUUGCGAGGUGCUCCUGGCACGACUGGAGCCGAUAAAAAGUACUUUGAAAAAUCCCACGUGGAGGGAAUUAGUUUUUGCUGCUUAUGAAGCUGAGGUGAACCUUUGCGUUCAAGCAAUGUUACCAGGUGAUCCAUCAAAGGGUUAUCCAGUCUAUGGGGUGGUCGUUUGCGAAGUAGAGGUAGAUGUAUUGACAGGAGAGCAUAUUAUUCGACGGGUCGAUCUUCUCGAGGAUGUUGGCGUAAGUAUGAAUCCUGAAAUCGAUAGGGGGCAGGUAGAGGGGGCUUUUGUGAUGGGAGUUGGUUACUGGACCUCCGAGGACCUCAUUUACGAUCCCAAGAGUGGACUUUUGGUUAACAAUCGGACGUGGAAUUAUAAACCACCGGGUGCCAAGGACAUCCCAGUAGACUUCCGAGUGGCAUUCAGGAAAAAAUCACCGAAUCCAGUGGGAGUGCUGCGGUCGAAAGCUAUUGGCGAGCCACCACUCUGCCUGUCAUUCAGCAUACUAUUGGCAUUGAGGAAUGCUCUGAACUCAGCGAGGAAAGAUGCAGGAAAUACCGAUCCCUGGUAUCAGUUCGAUGGGCCAGCAACUACUGAAAAUAUCUUGAAGACCAGCCUCACCACCAAAGAGCUCAUGGGAUUUUAAUUUAAAAAAUUAUAAAAUUCCCUGUUUUAACAGCGAAUAAAAUUUAAGUCCGUUAUAUCAGGGAAUAGACACCGGCCAUGUACACUUCUUCUGUAGAAAUUUCCGAAAAAAAAAAUAAAGCCAGACUUUUCCAAAACAA